UGUCUCUCCCUCCCUCCUUCCCUCCCUCCCUCCCUCCUUCCUUCUCUUUUACUCGGAGACAGUCAGAACUCUCCUCCCUGACAGCCACAAACCUACAACCCUGACUGCCUCCAGAGAGAGAACCUGAAAACAAAACUUCACAGAAAACUUUUUGCUCUUGUUCCAGAGAAUUUGCUGAAGAGGAGAAGAAAAAAAAAAAAAAAAAAAAAAAAAAAAAAAAAAAAACCUGUGCGUGAGGGGGGAGGAAAGCGAGGCCUUUUAAAGAGGCAAUCACAACAACUUUUGCUGCCAGGAUGCCCUUGCUCUGGCUGCGAGGAUUUCUGUGGGCAAGUUGCUGGAUUAUAGUAAGGAGCUCCCCCACCCCGGGAUCCGAGGGGCACAGUGCAGCCCCCAACUGUCCUUCCUGCGCGCUGGCCACUCUCCCAAAGGAUGUACCCAACUCUCAGCCAGAGAUGGUGGAAGCCGUUAAGAAGCACAUCUUAAACAUGCUGCACUUGAAGAAGAGACCCGAUGUCACCCAGCCAGUGCCCAAAGCAGCGCUUCUGAAUGCGAUCAGAAAGCUCCAUGUGGGCAAAGUGGGGGAAAACGGGUACGUGGAGAUAGAAGAUGACAUCGGAAGGAGAGCAGAAAUGAAUGAACUGCUGGAGCAGACCUCGGAGAUCAUCACGUUCGCAGAAUCAGGCGCAGCCAGGAAGACGCUGCACUUUGAGAUUUCCAAGGAAGGCAGUGACCUGUCUGUGGUGGAGCGCGCAGAAGUGUGGCUCUUCCUGAAAGUCCCCAAGGCCAACAGGACGAGGACCAAGGUCACCAUCCGUCUCUUCCAGCAGCAGAAGCACCCACAGGGCAGCUUGGAUGCGGGCGAUGAGGCCGAGGAAGUGGGUUUAAAGGGGGAGAGGAGUGAACUGUUGCUGUCGGAGAAGGCGGUGGACGCACGGAAGAGCACCUGGCACAUCUUCCCAGUCUCCAGCAGCAUCCAGAGGCUGCUGGACCAGGGCAAGACCUCCCUGGACGUACGGAUUGCCUGUGAGCAGUGCCAGGACAGUGGGGCCAGCCUGGUGCUCCUGGGCAAGAAGAAGAAGAAAGAAGAGGAGGGGGAUGGGAAGAAGCAGGGUGGCGGCGCAGGCGCAGUGGAGGAGGAGAAGGAGCAGUCUCACAGACCUUUCCUCAUGCUGCAGGCCCGGCAGUCUGAAGAUCACCCGCACCGCAGGCGACGGCGGGGCUUGGAGUGCGACGGCAAGGUCAACAUCUGCUGUAAGAAACAGUUCUUCGUCAGCUUCAAAGACAUUGGCUGGAACGACUGGAUCAUCGCGCCCUCUGGCUACCACGCCAACUACUGCGAGGGUGAGUGCCCCAGCCACAUAGCAGGCACGUCGGGGUCUUCGCUUUCCUUCCACUCGACGGUCAUCAACCACUACCGCAUGCGGGGUCACAGCCCCUUUGCCAACCUCAAAUCGUGCUGUGUGCCCACCAAGCUGAGACCUAUGUCGAUGCUGUACUACGAUGAUGGCCAAAACAUCAUCAAAAAAGACAUUCAGAACAUGAUCGUGGAGGAGUGUGGGUGCUCCUAGAGUCUCCCGGCCUGGGGGGAAGAGGGAGCUAGAGCUGCCGGUGAAGACAAUGGCAAAAAUGAAGAUUUUUUUUUUUUAAGGUUUCUGAGUUAAUCAACCAGGAAAAAAAAAAAAUCA